GAAUGAGCAUGCUUGCCUGCCCGGGGUCCCCUUAGUCAUCCCAACAUCAUGUGUCCGCUGUUCAGCCCUCCUCUGUCCGUCCACGGAGGGGACCCCGCAGCAGCCAAGGGCCUGACCCUGUCCCCUAUGAUGGCGUGGUGGGUGCUGGGAGGUGGCCGGGGAAGCCGGGCUCUAGGCGUGCCUUCCAGGGGGGAUCCAGUCCAAGAACAGACCAGGAGCCCUCACCCCCAGGCCCCGGGGAGCCUUGCUUCAGGGCCUCCCAGGCUGCCCAGGGCUGCGGGCCCCAGGCCGGUGGUGACCUCGGGGGGGCCAGUCGUCCUGGGCAUUUGUUAGAUCAGGAAGUGUUUGUGUGGAGGUGCUGGGGGGUGCAGGGCGGUGCAGGCCCCACAGGAGGGAGGCCAGUGCCAGAGGACCCAGCAAGGGGGGUUCAGGGGGAGGGAGAAGGGGUUCCUCCGCCGACCACAGGGUGAUGGUGGCCCCGUCCCCUGGGGAAGGAGGCUGGGCCGGGCUGGGCGCGGGGCUGCGAGGGGAAUUGGCCCCCACAGCCCACUGCGAUGGGGAGGAAGCCUGGUCCCCGGGGUCCUGGGCAGGGCUGUGGGGGAGGAGGGACCCCAGCUUGGGACGGGCACCUUAUCUGCGGGUGUCAGUGAGAGCCAUCCCGGGGCUGUUAUCAGCACCAGAGUCCACAGGACGCUCCCGGGUUAACGUGUAACCGCUCCCCGGCCCUCCACCCCCAGAGCCAUUGGUGCCCCGGCUGCGGCCACUCUGCGUGGGGGUCUCAGGCUGUCAUGGACGUCCGCAGAGAGAGGCCGCCCCGCAGCCCGCCCUCCUCAGCCCAACCACACCUGGGCAGCCUGAGCCCCUUCUUGCUCACCUGCACGGCCUACUUCUUCCUCUGGAUCCCUGAGGACCCGCCGUCCAGGGUGGGCGCCCUGGUCAAGUGCCUGCCGGUGCUGUGCCUGGUGGGGCUCCUGCGGGCGAACCCGGGCUCCAGCUCUGGCUCCGGCUCCGGCUCCAGCGGGGGCUACAGCCUUCGCCUGCAGGUGGCCCUGCUCUUCUCGGCCCUCGGGGAUGUCUUCCUCAUCUGGCCUGAGAACUUCCUCUAUGGCGUCCUCGCCUUCGGCAUGGCCCAGCUGCUCUACUCCUGGGCCUUUGGGUUCAGCCCCCUGCGUCCCGGCCUCCUGGUGCCCAUCGUCCUGUACUCCCUCCCGUUCUCCGGCCUCCUGCUGCUGCACCUCCCGCCAGACCUGGUGCUGCCCGUGUCGGCCUACGGGCUGGCCCUGUCCACCAUGCUGUGGCAGGGCCUGGCCAGGGGCGGGAGUACCCGCUGGGGCGCCCUGCUCUUCGCUGCCUCCGACUCCCUGCUGUCCUGGCACACCUUCAUCCAGCCCCUGGCCCACGGCCGCCUGCUGAUCAUGGCCACCUACUACGCCGCCCAGCUCCUCAUCACCCUGUCGGCCUUCCAGAGCCCCAAGCUCAAGACCCACUGACCAGGGGCCCCGACCGGCCGGCGUCCGCCCACUCCCCUCCUGCAGGGACCCAGGCCUUGCAGCUGGGCCCAGACGGGGAGCCGCCCGUGGGGGCCAGAGCCAGGCUCCCAGACUCCCGUCUGCAGGCCGCCGUCCACCUGUGAGAACCGUUUGCAGAAUUCCGGAUGCACCGCCGAGUUCGGAACACCUUUCCUCGGUUCUGGUUCCGGGUUCCAGGCCCCUCAACUAGGCCCGGGCUGGGCCUCCCCAAGCCCCGGCUGCUCCUGUGACCUCCAGGGGCCUUCAGAGUCCGCUGGCCCCCUCCCUCUGGCCUUGAUCUAUUUCCCUGUUGCCUGAGUAAAGGGAAGGAGGAAAUAACAUCUCCUUUAUUUGGGGAGGGGAGGGGGGAGGCAUGGUCAGAUCACAGCAAAAGGGUAUUUCUUCUUUUUCUUCCUUACAACAAAAUUUUCCAUUAAA